GCUAAGUUUUUGGACCCAGGAGCCUUAGGAUUCAUUCCGUUAAAAAAAUUGAAGUUUUCGUACUCAAUCAGUUUGACUUGGUCACUGAAAAUAAAAACAAAACAAAACGUAUGACACAGUGAAGAACCUAGACAGUGUUAAAAUUUAAUUAAUUAGUUUAUAAUGCUUCUUUCAUUAAUAUAAAUCUUUUGCCAAAUUGAUAUUUUGAAAGAUAAUUCUAGAUUUUUUCCACGAACUUGCUGCAUGUAAGUUUUAUUUUGUUAAUGUUUUGAGUUGCGAUUUAGGAGGUAUUAUAUUACUUAGAAGCUACUUCUUGUGUGUGAAGUUUUGAUUCGAGUUGUCUUGCAGUUUUUUAUAUCCACCAACUACGCUAAACAAACGGGCCUCAAAAGGAAAGUUAUAAACAUGACUACAGCAGAGAGACUUUGUAAGCUGAAAGUUAAUGUAGGUUGCAAUUCAACCAAUUAUAACCAACUGUUAGAUUUACGAUCAGCACAAACACUGAAUGAAAGAGCCUCUAGUGAAUCUACUGCUGAGUUUUUAAAAGGGUUGCCAUCCUAUAAUGAAAACAAUUUUACUCGAUUUACGCCUGAUCCUUCAUGUAGAAGUUUUAUGAGGAAAUCGGCUGUUUAUUUGCCUACCAAAGAUCACCCAUCAGAGCAAAUAAUAGUUACAGAGAAAACAACGAUUCUACUUCGAUAUCUUCAACAGCAUUAUGAGAAGAAGAGAAAUCAUUUAAAGAGGGAUACUGACUCUGCUGGUCCUAGUAAUGGAUUUGGAAAUUCUAGGAAGCGAACUCGAUUAAUUGACGACGACUAUUAAAGUAGGACCAAAAAUAAACUUGUGUUCUUAUAACCAAGUCAUCAUUUUUUUUGUUAUGUUUGCUCUUUUUGUACUAAGCUUUUUGAAGUCCUUUAAAAACUUUUGUUGCCAUUAAAUUUUUUUGUCUUAUUCAUACUUACUGUUGAGUUGUAUAAAUUCUGAAACCAUUUCUUGUGGUACUUGUUUUGUUUUCUUACCCUUAUUCAAUGACUUCUUUGUAUUUAGUUUUGUUAUUAUUGGAUGAAUGGGUAAUUUUUAUUGUUUCUCUUGUAAGAUGUCUAGAAUAAUUAUGUAAAGUACGACUUUAUAUUUUCCUUUUUUUUUCUAUGCGUGCAGCAAAAUGUCUAGUACCAGAUCUUCCUAUCCAUAUGUGUCUUUGAAUGACUAUGCAAUUUUUGUAAAAAUUCUUACAUAUUGUUCAUUCCAACGUAUUGUAAAGACGAUUCUACAAUUAAAUUUGUGUGCUCUGAAGAAUUGUAAGUUUUUACUUCGUGACCUUCAUUCUUAUUUGUAGUUAUGAUCAAAGUCCCUUCACAUAAUAAAGCUACAGCUGUUUUGCUCUGCAA